GUUAGUGUUAAGGCUGAAGGUUUGUUCCACCAUCAGUCUGCUCUUGGACUCGCUGAGUUUGAGACCACAGUAACGAACGGGCAUAUAAAAGCAGGAAGAGAUAAAACAGAAAGCUAGCAGAGAGAAAAAGAAUGCGCAUUGAAGAAGUUUUUAAAGGAGGAUAUUAUUUGUCAGAAGCUUGAUAUUAAAUCGACAGAAAAACGCGUCCACGCAAUAUUUUCGAGAAGACUCGCAGAACUGUCCUGUCAACGUGGGCUGUCCCGUGUAGAAGCUUUCAUGCCCAGGAGCAGUGAGAGAGUGGAGCCCCAGCAGUGGCAGUGAGUCCCUGGGAUGCACGGCCGACCAGUUCCCCCUGCUUCUCUUAGGCCUCCAGAAGCCCUAAACAGGGUGCCAGUGAAAGGUGAGCUCGGCUGGGGAAAACUAUGGUUCUGAUCAGAGCACUACUGUACCACUCACAUGUACCUGAAAUUGGGUCAGGGAGCUUUCUUGAACUUCCUUCAUCCAAUACUGAAAGUGCGAGGCACCACUGAUCAGCUGCUACUAUGGCCCUGGUUCAGGCUCCGCCCGUCUCCUCUGCUGAGCACCACACCCCCAGCCGCAGCGGGGCCCGCAGUCGCCACCCCUCCGGCCCCCACUCUCCCCCCGCUGCCCACCCCUCCUCCUUGGACGCCAUGGGCUCGGUCAGCAGCCUCAUCGCCACCCGCCCCACCUACCAGGACCACCACAGCCGGCCUGCUGCAGAGCUGGGCGCCAGAUUCCGACGACAGACCCCCGGGGUUUCCAGCCUGGACGCCGACACAUGCCAGGACUCCCUGCUCCGCUGCCUGACCCCGCCCAGCAAGAAGCAGAGCACGGCCGUCUACGGGAAAGUCCUGCAGAAGGGUGGAGGGAACGGGAACUACACCUACCUGAAUGUGGACUAUGUCGGGGACUGGAAUGACAACCACGUGGCUUCCGGUAGUCCUGGGAGUGACACAGAGGAGGCCAGGGAGGGCCAGGGUCUGAACGGGAACAUGGGCGGACCCCCUCCCAAGCUGGUACCUGUGUCUGGGAAACUGGAGAGGCACAUGGAGAAAACCAUCAUCCGGCCCACUGCCUUCAAACCCGUCGUUCCUAAAAGCCGCAACUCUAUGCAGUACCUCUCCCCUCGCCAUGGGCACAGCCUGUCGGAGAGCCAGAGCAAUCUAAACCUGUUGAGCCCCACCCACAGGGAGUCUCCUUCCUGUUCUGACAAACGGAACUCUUACGGCGGCGCCCGCAACGGAGGAAGCAACCAAUCCUGUUCCUUGUCCGACUCUGGACGCAACUCUUUGUCCAGCCUGCCCCCCUACAGCAGCACUGGGUACAGUCUGGCCCAAGGAGAGGCCCCCGGGGGGCACCUGGAGCCAAUGAAGACCGCCCCUGUGAACGGACAUGGACACUCCAACUCAGACAGCGGCCGCUCCUCCUCCAGUAAAAGCACGGGCUCCGGGUCGCUGAGCGGGCGAGGGCAGCCCCUCUCAGACAGUGGGUCUAGCGGGCGCUCCCCUGUCGCAGUGGAGGGCUACGAGGGCGUGGUGAGAGACCUGGAGGACAAGCUGAGGGAGAGAGAAGUGGAGCUCCAGCAACUCCGGGAAAACCUGGACGAGAACGAGGUGGCCAUCUGCCAGGUUUACGACGAGAAGCAGAAGCGCUUCGAGCUGGAGUUGGAGGAGCUGCGUCAGGGCUGCGCCACCCGGAUGCAGACGGCCUCCCAGAAGGCCCAGCGAGCCCAGCAGGUGCUGCAACUGCAGGUCUUCCAGCUGCAACAGGAGAAGAAGAAGCUGCAGGAGGACUUUGCCCAGCUGCUGCAGGAGAGGGAACAGCUGGAGGAGCGCUGCACCUCCUACGAGCACGAGAAGAUCCAGCUGGGGCCACGCCUCGAGGAGACCAAGUGGGAGGUGUGUCAGAAGUCUGGGGAGAUCUCCCUGCUGAAGCAGCAGCUGAAGGACGUCCAGGGGGAGCUGGCCCAGCGUGUGGGGGAGAUCGUGUCCCUGCGGGGCCAGCUGAGAGAGACCCGGGGUGAGGCCACCAACAACCAGGCCCUGCUGCAAGAGGCCACCUCCACCAGCCGCACGCGCACCCUGGAGCUGGAGGUCUGCGAGAACGAGCUGCAGCGCCGCAAGAGCGAGGCCGAGCUGCUCCGCGAGAAGCUGUGUCGUCUGGAGGAGGAGACGUCCCGCCUCCGCGACGCCCUGGCCAAUCAGGGCCAAGGCCUCGCCCACCACAGCAACAGGCAUUGCCAGGUCUUCCACGAGGGGGAGGAGCAGAUGCUAGCCUACGAGAGCGACGAGGCCAAGGCCCAGCGUCAAGGCAACAGCGAUGCCCUGCAGAACAUGCGGCUGCAGCUGGAGAGGCUGAGGGGGGAGCUGGCGUUGGAGCGUCAGCGAGGGGAGGAGCAAGCGGGGAGCUUCGAGGAUGAGCGCCGGGUGUGGCAAGACGAGAAGGAGAAGGUGAUCCACUACCAGAAGCAGCUGCAGCAGAACUACGUGCAGAUGUACCGCCGGAACCGGGAGCUGGAGCGCGCCCUUCGGGAACUGAGUCAAGAACUGGAGACCAGGGAUGAGCUUGACGAGCAGGAGGAGGGCAACGAGAUCAACUUUGAUGAGAUUGCUGCCACUGAGAUCUAACCUACUAUCAUCCACUCCCUGUCUGUCUGUCUGCCACGCAUCUCAUCCCCAGGGAGACCCUACUCUAUAGGAAGCCUGUGGCCUCUAUAAGGCGUUAGUAGGUCACCUCAGAAUCCAGUGUUUCACCAUAGCACAUAGAGGUUAUCUAUUUCACCAAUCAGCUCCCUGUACCAUGGUUGAGUUCUUCUAGACUCUUCUGACUGUUUUAGCUAAUUGCAGUAAAGUCAGCAUGUAACUUCUAAACAUUGAGAUCAUGCUGUUGGAAAGGACUGCAGUGAUGAGGAGAGAACAUGUGAAGGGUGAUGUACAACAUUGAGGGAAAUAAAUCCUGAAGAGCUUUUAAUAAAAUGACUCAUAGUAAAGUACAUCAUGUAAAUCAUCGUGUAAACACAUUUACUCCCAAGGAAUUUGUAUUUUCGUAUUCACUGUGGGUGGUCUUCAACUCUUGACAGGUCUAGCCUGACAAUGUUAGUAAGUCUUUUGGCUUGUCAUUCUUAAGUAUACCAGGGUAUUUGGCAAAGAAGGAAAAUGCUUUAACGUUACCAAAUUUGUCCUCCUUCCACGUGUCAGAUUUGUGUACACAGCCUAUGUCGUCCUAUAUAGACUGUAUGUACAGAAAAACAAACUGUAAAUUCAUGGCAAGGAAAAAUGUGACUAAAGCAAACCCAGGAAUGCUGGCUGUCUGGAUUGUUAGUAUUAGAUGUAAUUUGAGGAAUCUCAUCCACCGAGAAAGAACAUCCUAAAGAUCAGUCUGUUGUCAGGUUUCUUUAAACGUUCUCAUGCUGCCCAAUGCCAUGGAGAAAUGUUUCUUGUGAAAAGACAGAAAGAACAUGCACUGAGUGAGGAUGUUUUUUUUACAAAGUUUGGGCCAUUGGCCAAGUUUGGGCCACACAACUGUUACAGUAAUGUUUCUCUUCAUCAAUUUCACAUGGCAUUAACAGUUCUGUGACAUCUGUAAAAAGAAAUUAAAAAACAGUAUAAAAAAGUGCACUCAUUUGCAAGAGAAAGAAGACACUUUAUGUUCCCUGUUGUUGUUAAUGGACUUCAUUGUUGAGAUAUCCGAUACUGAAAUAAGUUUCAUUAUUAUCUAUUUCAAGAAAAUCAGAGCCACUGUGAAUAGACCAAAGCAAUGCCACAGAUUUGUUCCAGUGAAAUGUUUGCGUAUUGGUGUGCAAGUGUGAAUGCUAUUCAUGGUUCUAUAUUAUAAUUUUUUAAUCCACAGUAUUUGUAUGAAGACAUUAAAUGUAUAUUUUCAUGCUGUACAUUUAUUGUACCAACUGACUGUUUUUAAUAAAACA